AAAUCAAGAUUCAUACAGCAACAACACGGAGAGAAAUCGCGGGUUUCCUUAACCUAAUCCAUACAACCUCUCUCAGGUUCAGUUCUUACUUAAUUAAACCUCUGAGAACCCACUGCAAUGAACGGUGGUGGGAACAACGCGCCACCGCCUCCCGCCGGCAACGGCGGUGAGUUCCUGCUUUCCUUACUCCAGAAGCCUGCACCAACGCAGUCGCAACAGCAGCAGCAACAACAACAAUCUCCAUUAUUCGGAACAGCUGCUGCUCCCAUGUCAAUACCUCUACAACAGCCGCCGUCGCUCCAGCUCCAGCAGCAUGUUGCUCUGGAUCCUGCUGUUGCAGCUGUGGGUCCUUCCCUUCCUUUUCCGCCACCUUGGCCAUCAAAUGGCCGUGAGCUUCCCGCUCCCUGGCCUCACGUUUUCUCUCCCCCUCUGCUUCCUAAUUUCUUAGGGUUUCCCCAAAAUCCCUUCCCUUCCCACGGGAAUCCAUUGACCGGAAAUCAAGGAGUUUUGGGUAACGAUUUGAGGGGUUCAGGGUCUUCGGGGAUUGAUACAAAUUUUACAAAUUAUGCAAUUCAAAAUCUGAUUCUUCAAGAGCGGCAACCGCAAGAGCACAAACUCAUGUUUGGUUCUUUUCCAAGUGAGAUGCACGUAACGAGUUUACUUAAUGAGAUGCGAUCCGAGACUUUGCAAUCCAAGAUAUUGAAGGAGCGUGAAGCUGCAUUGGGCAGCAGGAGCUACAACGGCUUGGAGAGGAAUCAAGAAAUUGACUCCCGAGGGAAUACCGGACCGAAUUCGAGUCACCGUGAAUUUCAGAAUCGAAAUUCUGAUGAAAGGAGGGCCGGAGGGUGGGGUAGACAUCAGCACCCUGAUGGGAAUUACAGGCCAAUGACAUCAGUGGAAACUCAAAGGCCUCCUCCAGGAAGUGUUUUGGCAAGUCAUAAAGAUGGUCAAUUUCGUGGUGAUAGUGAAGUUGCACUUAGUGGGCAGCUUGAUCAUCCUGGGCCUCCAGCUGGUAGCAAUUUACAUUCUGCUUCGGCAUCUGAUAUUGAAGAGUCUCUUUUAGACUUGCAGAGAUAUGAGGAUAGAGAUCAAUCUUUGAGGCAUGAUAAGUUUACAAGAGAUGAUGGUGGCAGAGUGGAUGAUCUUGGGGAACAACUGGAUUCCUUGUUGCUCGAGGAUGAGUCUGAUGAAAAGAAUGGGAAGAAGCAGUUUCGUAAGGAUUCCAGAGUAGAUAACAGGGGCCAAUGGCUUCUUAGCCAGAGGAUGAGAAAUUUAAAGUGGAUGAUGGAGUGUCGCAGUGACAUUGAUAGACUAAAUGCAUCUUUCCUUGAGAUUUAUGAGUCUUUAAUACCACGUGAGGAAGAAAAAGUGAAGCAGAAACAAUUAUUGGCAUUGCUAGAGAAACUAGUAUGCAAAGAAUGGCCUGAAGCUCGGUUAUAUCUCUAUGGAUCAUGUGCUAACUCUUUUGGAGUCUCAAAGAGUGAUAUUGAUGUUUGCCUUGUGAUCAGUGAUGCUGACUUGAAUAAGUCAGAGGUUUUGUUAAAGUUGGCAGAUAUUUUGCAGUCAGAUAAUCUUCAAAAUGUGCAGGCAUUGACACGUGCCAGGGUCCCCAUUGUAAAGCUUAAGGAUCCUGCGACUGGAAUUUCUUGUGACAUUUGCAUAAACAAUGUUUUGGCAGUUGUUAAUACAAAGCUUCUCCGGGAUUAUGCUGAAAUAGAUGAGAGAUUAAGACAGUUGGCUUUUAUUGUGAAACAUUGGGCCAAAUCAAGAGGGGUCAAUGAAACUUACCAAGGAACACUAUCUAGCUAUGCGUAUGUUUUAAUGUGCAUUCAUUUCUUGCAGCAGCGAAGACCUGCUAUCCUUCCAUGCUUGCAGGAAAUGGAGGCAACCUACUCUGUGACUGUUGAUGAUGUGGAAUGUGCAUUCUUCGAUCAGGUUGAAAAGCUUCGUAAUUUUGGUUCUUAUAACAAGGAAACUAUUGCCCAACUGGUUUGGGCAUUCUUUAGUUACUGGGCAUAUGGUCACAAUUAUGCAAAUUCUGUCAUAUCUGUUCGAACGGGAAGCAUAAUCAGCAAGCAAGGAAAGGACUGGACAAGAAGGGUAGGCAACGAUCGACACUUGAUAUGUAUAGAAGAUCCUUUUGAGACAUCACAUGACCUUGGUCGAGUGGUAGACAAAUUCAGCAUAAGAGUUCUCAGGGGUGAAUUUGAACGUGCCGCUGAAAUAAUGCAGUACGAUCCAAAUCCUUGCGUGACGCUAUUCGAGCCCUAUGUUCCUCCUUGUUGAGACCACACAUGUUCAAUUGUAACUUUUUCAAGCAUGCAGCGUGCCUCCUCUCGCCUCCAUCUUCCACUUGUCGUGUGUGUUAAAUGUUGAUCGUAUAUGUAUUUAGGCUUUUUAUUUUAUUUAUGCUCUUUUGUAAAGAACGUAAGCCUUAAUGGCUCACGGUAUAACUCCAACCAUUUCAAAUGUCGAGGUUUAUUUUUUUUUUUUGGCAAUUAUUUCGUACUU